AUGGAUGCGUGGAAUAACAAGAAGAUGGCUAUGGCUGGGACAAGUACUGUGGCAAUCAUAAACCCGUUACUAGCUGUGGUGGAUGCGGGCGCAGCUGGGGUCGAGAUGGGAGUGCUUGUCGAUGCAUUUGUGAAGAUAGCAGCAUCCGACGAGUUGGGAGGCAAGUGGAGGAGAAAUUUACUGGGGCACUCGGCAACGCUGGCGUUAGCCAGCCUACAAGCGGAGGGCAGCUGGAGGAGGCGCGUCUCCUGCACGCCCAUGCUCUUGACGGCAGCGUUAGUGCCGUUAUGGAUCUGCUGUAUUAUGAAGCAGAGGCAGGCCGGGUCGCUCUCCUUGAGACUCCCCACCGAGUCGCAGCAGUCCCUGCUCGGCGCCGCCGCCUUGGCCGUCGCGAACGGCAGGCACUGCGUCACCUUCUGGAACUGGGCAGAGCACUUGCCCGCCAGCGACGACUCGUCCUGCCCGCCCACCAAAACCGCUACGCAGAGGAACGCAACCGAAAACCGGAUAAAUGCU